ACACACACACGCGCGCGCACACGCACACGCACGCACACACACAAGGAGCAUCCUCCCGUCAGGUCUCCUGGUCCAGCCCCGCCCGCGCCUCCUGUUUCCAGAGAACCUGCUCCCUCUCCCUACCUCCCCCGCCCUCCAUCCCCUCCGGCUGCGGGACCCUCCCCCGUCGACCCCACCCCAACCCCAACCCCCGGGAUGGAGUGGCUCGAGCCCGCCCGGAGCCCCCCGCGGCCGGGGUGACGGUCCCCCCCGCCCCUCUCCUGCCGGGUCCCCGCCUCGAGCACCAUGGGCCUGAGGGGUUCCCGGGGCGCCAGACGCUGAAGAUGACCGAUGCCGGAGCCCCAGCCAUUUAUGGAAUCUGGAGGUGGUUUUGAUGCUUCUCCCAGUCCUGGUCAGUGUGGAGCAACUUCCCUCCCUUUACACUUAUCCCUUCCCCCACCCCAAAACUGAAGAUCAUCACCUAGGAAAGUGCAGAGGGGCAGGAGCCCUGGCUCAAGCUGUCUUGAGUCAUGGCUUCUUCAAAGCUCCGAGAACCCGCGGAUGAGGUUUUUGACCUGGACUUGGCUGUGCCAGAGACCGCCAGACUGGACAGCAGUUUACACAAGGCCCGGGCCCAGCUGCUGGCCAAGGGCCGGAGACACCGGCCGUCCCGCUCCAGGCUUCGGGACAGUGCCAGCUCCGCGGAGGAUGGUGAAGGCUCCGAUGGGCCUGGAGGCAAGGUGACCGACGGCUGCGGGAGCCCCCUGCACCGGCUGCGCUCGCCUUUGCACGCAGGCCCGGGGUCCCCGGCCGGGGGCUCUUUCUGCCUGGAUCCUCCCGGGCUGCGGCGCAGCCUGGAAGAGGACGAGCCGCCGCCCUCGCCGCUCACACGCUACCGGCCCCUGCACAACGCUGCCUCGCACGAAGGCCUGGCUGCCGCCUCCUGCUCGCCGCCGCGCUCCGCGCCCUCCUCCGACAGCUCCCCCAGCUUCGUGCGCCGCCACCCGCGCCGCGCAGAGCCGCACAGCGAAGAUGACAGCCGUGAUGCCAGUCCUCCUGAGCCUGCCAGCCCCACCAUCGGCCUGGAUAAGAAGACUCGGCGAAAGUUCCUGGACCUGGGGGUCACCCUGCGCCGAGCAUCCACGGGCAAGAGCCGGAAGGAGAAAGGCAGCAACCGCCUGUCCAUGGGCAGCAGGGAAUCAGUGGAGGGCUCCAGCAGGUCAGGGGGCUCCCCGUUCCUGCCUUUUUCCUGGUUCACAGACAGUGGCAAGGGGUCAGCAUCCUCGGGUAGCACCACCUCCCCUGCCUGCUCCCCUAAACACGAGGGCUUCAGCCCCAAGAAGUCAGCUUCCCAGGAAUCAACCCUGAGUGAUGACUCCACACCCCCCAGCAGCAGCCCCAAGAUACCGAGUGGGCCCCGGCAGGAAGCCAAAUGUUCUUAUCCCUACCACACGCUGUCUCAGUCUUCGGAUGAGUUCCUGGAUGAGCCCCUUCCCCCCGUCCACCAUUGGACCAGCCAGCAGGUGGGCCAGUGGCUGCAGAGCCUCAACCUGGAGCAGUAUGCCACCGAGUUUGCUGCCCGGCAGGUAGACGGGCCGCAGCUACUGCAGCUGGACGGAAGCAAACUGAAGAGCCUGGGGCUCAGCAACUCUCAUGACCGGGCGCUGGUGAAGCGGAAGUUGAAGGAGCUGGCAGCGGCUGCGGAGAAGGAGCGCAAGGCUCAGGAGAAGGCUGCGCGGCAGCGGGAGAAGCUCCGGCGCAGAGAGCAGGAGGCCAAAAAGAGCUAGGGGAGCGUGCACAGGGCUGGUGCCCGGCAGGGGCGGCCGCUGGCUCGGCGGGCACAGGCCUUACCAGGGAGGCUGGGCCUGGGCGCCGCGCUUGGGCUAGCCUGGUCCCACGCUCUUGGGGGGACACACCCUCUCUCACCUUGUCACUUGGUCUGGACCCAGAGCCCCCAGAAAGGGAGACCCCAGGGAGAGGGGCUAGUAAUAAAUCCCAUUUUGAGGACUUGUUUGGCACAGAGUUCCUGGGGGAGGAGCAGAUGAAGGGGAGAGGGCAGAGAGGCCAGGGCUGAGGCAAGUCUGGGAGCCUGGGUCAGGCUGUCCCACUGCCCUCAGGCCAUCAUGGGGCAGGGGUGGAGGGGAGCUAGGAGGCUGGCCUGCCUGCUUGCCUGCCAGACUCCCAAAGAUGAUGGGCGGGCCCCAAGGCCCAGAGCUAGGCCAGGCAUUUCGGCAGGAGCAGGAGUUGGGGCUGCUCCUCUCCACUCUUCCAGGCAGCUGUGUGGUGGGAGAGCUCAGUCCUGCUCCCCAGAGAGGCCAGUGGGCGCUGCAGCAAGUCGCACUCAGGGUAGAUCCUCAGCCAAACUCCAACAGGAGAGCAGAGAAAGCGGCCUGUGAUCAGUGCAGUCUUUGCCAGGACUCGAGAAGGGAGGAUGCACACCCCCUUCUCCCUCUCCCCUCCUCUGUCCUGUGGGUUCCAGGGGGUGAGAUGACCCCACAGACCACACAGGUCUGCCUCUCGGGGUCCACUCAAGACCCGGUCUUUGACCCAGCCAGGACACCCUUCGCUUCCUGCUGCUUCCUCAGAGGGCACCUGAGCCCUCUUUGGGAGCUGAGCAAACAGGAGCUGAUGGGGACAGAGGAUACCACUCCCACCAGCCAAGGCCUAGGAGCUGCCGACCUGGUCAACCCUCACCCCAGCCAGGCAGAGAGGCAAAACCUGGGGGUCCCUGGCAGCUGCCAGUUUGGAAAGGUUCAUCAGCCCUCCCCUAUCUGCCCCCCACAUUGUCAGGGAAUCAGUGGGCUCAGAACCAGCAAGCGGUGCAAGCUCUGCUUUGCUGGGCCACACCGAGGGCUGGGGCCAGCUCCCUGGAUGGGGCUGGAGUCUGCCAGCAGCCUGGUGACAGCAUGUGUCCUUUUUAGGAAAUGUCCUUGGAGGAAGUGUCCAUGUGUGGCGCUGGUCAGCAGCUAGCCCUGCUUCCAGGACACUGCUCAGAGUUACCAAUGGGGCCAGGGGCUCCUGGUUAGAACCCCCUCCAGCUCCUCCCAUCUGCCCGGAGCGGCAGAUGGCACCAAUGCAUGCUGGCUCCCUCAUUCCUGCCAGGGGCCGAGGCUGACGGCCAGCACCCUGUACCUGGGACUCUGCCCCUAUUCCCCCUCUGCGAUCUGUGCUGGGAGAGGGGCUUCAGAGGGAAACAGAUAAAAGGACACUGGCACCAUCUGGGCCUGGUGGCGGGGCCAUGGGAGGUUGGGAGGCACCCACGUCCUUAAAGCCAUCAGUAGCUAUAGUGGGUGCCCACCUGCAUGUGAAGGGGAGGCAGUUCUCAAUUUAUUUCAAUAAAUACGACGUGCCAGUGACCAGAA